GACAGACAUCUGGCGGUCACAAAUUGUACUAUUCAAACAACUGAACCAGCAAAUACCUGAAACCUGCAUGUGGAUAAUGUGUGCAUCACGAAUUUUGCCACCAAAAAUAGCUCCACUGGUUGUAUCACAGACAAAGCCAAAACACACAGGGACUUUGUUCUUUUUUCAUGGCUCGGGUGAUACUAGUGAUGGAAUAAAACUGUGGUUAAAAGAAGUCACAGGCAAAGAAUUUGUUUUUCCACACAUGAAAAUAAUUUAUCCAAGUGCUCCUGUAAGACCGUACACUCCCAUGUUGGGUCAGUUAUCCACUGUGUGGUUUGACCGAAAACAAAUUUCUCCAUUUGUACCAGAGGACACAAAAACUUUAGAGGAAUCAUGUUCUGAAUUGAACAAACUGAUUGAAACUGAAGUUGAGAAUGGAAUACCCUUGGAGAGGAUUAUUCUAGGUGGAUUUUCAAUGGGUGGGGCAAUGGCUCUUCAUCUUGGAUAUAGAUAUCAGAAGCAGGUGGCAGGAGUAAUAGCUCUGUCUUCCUUUCUUAAUCAACAGUCAGUUGUAUACGAGGGCCUGAAGCAUGACUUUGGUCCUCUUCCACCCUUAUUUCAAGCAGCAGGAACAGCAGAUUCUUUGGUAUUGUUUGAUUGGGUAGCCACAACAAAUAAAGAACUCUCUGCUCUUGGUGUACAGACUACAUUUCAUAAGUUUGACAAUCUUUGCCAUGAGUUGAGUAGAGAGGAGGUCCAGUUAAUGAGAAAAUGGAUUGAGGAGAGAGUACCAGAUGAUAGAUGAAUGGCACAUGUAUAUGAAAAAAAGUAAUUUUAUCUCUGCAGCUAUACUGACAAAAGAUUGGAGGCCUACAAAGAUGUUUUCCAAAGAGGCCGUUCAGAUUGAGAAGAGCCGCGUGCUAGCUAGGCCACGACCUAAAUAUGGCAGACCUACAUGAAAGGAAGACCGCUUAAUCAUGUAAUGGUCUCUCUGCCUCUCACACGUCUCUCCACACGUCGUCUUUUGACCCGUUGAAUUGAGCCGAGAUUUAAUAACUGUGCCCCUGCAGGGAUGACGCAUGGGGAGUCCACAUUUGAGAUAUGAGUGCACAUAUUUUGUAUGAUAUUUGCAUUUUACCCAUUUUAUGCUGUAGUACUCUCCAGUAUGGAAAGAAAUCAAUAGAA